AUGGAGGAGACGCAUCAAACGGAGACGGAAAAACUGAAGUCGGAUCAUAAAGAUCAAGCAAACGAGAAAAAUGAGAGAGAACGAGCGGAACAAGAUCGAAAGAACCUUUUGGCUCAAAAAGCUCUGAAAGAAGACUAUGAGAAGAAGAUUCAGAAUAAGGAGCAAAAAAAGUCAACGAUGAGCUGGAGAAACAGAGAAUGGCAAACGUCGACGAUGAGAGUGAACCGCGAGCGAGAGGAUAUCGACGCAAUUUUAUAA